UCUCCGAAAGUAUGGCUUGAGUCGGAGAAGUCGUUGUCUUUUGUUGCGUCGCAAUCGUUUGCGUGCAAAUUGCAUUUGUUUAUAACAUUGUUUACGCAUUCGUAUCCGAGAUUCAAUAUCACGAUUGCAAUCACACCCUUGUCGUUUAUAGCAGUGAUAAUCAAAUCUUAGUUGCGAGAAGAAGUGAUCGCGAAAAUGCAGGAGUUGCAGGCUGCUGCUAAUGCUGUAAAGAGGCUCAUUCCUCUCUUUGACAGAGUCCUUAUUCAAAGAGCUGAGGCAAUAACUAAGACAAAAGGUGGCAUUGUACUUCCAGAGAAAGCACAAGCAAAAGUACUGCGUGGCACAGUUGUGGCGAUAGGACCUGGAUCAAGGAAUAACAAUGGAGAGCACGUGCCUUUGAGCAUUAAAAUCGGAGAUGUUGUUUUACUCCCUGAAUAUGGUGGCACGAAAGUUGAACUUGAAGACAACAAGGAAUAUCAUCUGUUCCGUGAAUCGGAUAUAUUAGCUAAAGUAGAAGUUUAAGUUACCGAUCAACUUUAAGUUAUGUUCUCAAUUUUGUAAGUGCUACAAAUCGUUCCUUGAAUAUUACAAGAAUUUAUGCGCAGCAGAGAGAUAUAUGCAAAGUCCUACAAGCAAUUAAAAUUUACAUAUUUGUGACUCAAGGAGACCUAAUUUGUUAGAAAAUCUGUUGCUGUUGGAGCGUCAUUAUUUCAGUAUAUGUACAUACAUUUUCUGAUCCAAUAAAACAUUUGUCUACUGUA